AAGAAAGUGUUUCUCUCUUCCCUUCCAUCUCUUGCUUUACAAGACAUACCAAGAGAGCAGAACUGUGGUUAAUUCUAGGGUUUGAUUUGAUAAUUAUUAUGGGGAGAGGGAAGAUAGAGAUCAAGAAGAUUGAGAACCAGACAACAAGGCAAGUGACAUUCUCAAAGAGGAGAGGAGGUCUUUUGAAGAAGACACAUGAGCUUUCUGUGCUUUGUGAUGCCCAAAUUGGGCUUAUUAUCUUCUCUGCAACUGGAAAGUUGUGCCAGUACUGCAGUGACUCUUCAAGGAUGGAGGAUAUCAUAGAAAGGUACCAGAAGGUUACCGGAGCUCGAAUCCCUGAACAUGACGACAGGGAACAGAUACAGCAUGAAUUGACAGUGCUGAGAAAAGAAACUAAGCGUCUUCAACUAAGUAUGCAGUGUUACACUGGUGAAGACAUGGCUUCUAUUCCCUUUGAUCAGUUGCAAGAACUUGAACAACAACUUGAACGCUCCGUUAACAAAGUCCGCGACCGCAAGAAGGAGCUAUUGCAACAGCAGCUGGACAAUCUUCGCAGGAAGGAGCGAAUUCUGGAGGAGGAAAACAGCAACAUGUACCGCUGGAUCCAGGAGCAUCGGGCGGCGUUGGACUAUCAGCAGGCAAUGGUGGGAGAAGCGAAGCCGGUGGAGCAUCAUCAUCAUCAGCAGCAGCAGGCAAUGCUUGAUCAUUUAUCCCAGCUGUAUGGAGAACAGCCAAGUAGUGUGCUUCAACUUGGAACCAAUAUUCCUCCUCAGUUUCAUCCUUACCAUCUCCAGCUUGCUCAGCCUAACCUUCAAGAUUCCAAUCUCUAGACUAUUAUAUCUAUAAUCUUGGGCAGUUGUUUCUCUAAGAAGGGCUUUGCUCCUGAGGGCAAAGACAUAUAUAUAUAUAUAGGGGAGUAGAUUAAUUUCACAUGCUAUAAGGACAGCUUUUUUCCUUUUUUUUUUUAAUUUGGUCAUUGGAUU